CUCUGUUGUUGUUUUUAUUCUAUUUUAAAUUUACCAAUUCUAUUCUCUAAAAAACGAGAUUACAAAAUGGAAGAGGAAAUCAACUUAGCCACCGCCGAUUUAAGCGAUGUUUUGGAGAAACUACAAACAAGUAAAACAUCUGGAGAUUUGAAGAGUCGCCAAGUAGAAGUGGCCCAUUUGAUAGAACUACACAUUCAGCGUAUAAAGCGGACCGUCAUCAUGGUCCGACCGAGAAGUCAGCAGCGUACCCGGAAGCGCUUCCGGAUGCUGCGCACCUUCUUCAUGCGGCAACUGAUUGAGAUGCAAUCCAAAUAUAUGCAAAUGUAUGCCAUGUUGCGUUUGAAACAAUUCCAGCUACAAACCGCAAGCCAGUGCACGAAUGAGAAGAGCACGGAAAAAGUGCAGCAGGCCACAAAAGAAUGUUCAACAUCGGAAGCAGUGGAUCAAAUAGCAGUUAACGUACCCCGCCAACGUCAGUUCUUUGAACAUCUAAUGCCAAACUUCAGCGACAACGAGUUUCUUUCCAAGCUGCAUGUCACGCGCAGCACUUUCCAGACCCUCUGCAGGCAAUUGUCAUCGACAUUACGGUCGGCCGAAGAUUUGCAGCCUCCGCCAAUUGUCACCGCCAACAAAUGUGUGGCCCUGGCUCUCUAUUUUCUGGCCAGCGGUGAACGUAUAUCCCUGAUAGCCGAACAAUUUGCUCUGCCGCGGGCCAGAGCCAUUAAAUGCCUAAAGAUCUUCUGCAACGCUGUCAUGUCCGGCCUGGGCAAGGCAUUGCGCCGUUUACCUCAGAUGAAGGUAGAUUGUGACAAUGUGGCGGCUGGAUUUCAACGGGAAAGCAAUAUGCCCGCUGCAUUGAUGGGUGUACUGGGGGUUUGUUCGAUUCCCAUUAGAGCCUCUGGCUAUCUGCUGAUGGAGUUCCUCCUCGAUGAUCGCAUGCUCUUCCGUGAACUGCAACUGGGCAAUGGCAAUCGAGCGGCGACUUGUUCUCCGUUAGUGCCAAGUUUUGCCGUCAUCCCAAAUGCGUUGACAUCUCUGCCUAAGCGUCAGAUAAAUGAACGACGUGUUCCCUCCUUUGUCUUAGCCCCCGGCGAUCAGAAUUAUCCAAUGCGUCCAUGGCUGCUGCAGCGCUACCCUGAACCGGAAGCACCACAUGAACAUGACUUCAACGAAGUGGCCGACCAUCUCUACGAGCUAAGCGAUUCUGCUCUACAUCGCUUCAUGUCACGUUGGCAUUUCCUUAGCCAGCCGCUGGAUAUUAGUUUCCAGACGGCGUCCUGCAUCAUUCAGGCGGCAGCUGUCCUACACAAUCUCCUGGAAGAACUGAGCGAACCUCAUUUGCCCGAGUGGGGCAGCAAGGUCAAAGUAUCGCAAUUUCGAGCAACACAUCCAAUGCAAAAACCGCCUUCAGAUGGUGAUGAAGAUGACUCGGAACUUGUGGAACGAGCAUUAGAUGUCCGUGACUUUCUUGCAAGAACCAUAAGUUCUACAGAAAUUUAGGAUUUGCCUGUUAGUUUAAUUUAAUUGUAAGGAAACUACUCGAUAAUAAAACGAACAUAAAUACAUUAGAAAAA